CUCCAGCCAAAGCGGCAGAGAAAGGAGGGCAUCGGGCUCAGGGGGGGGACCAUCCCAACCUUCCUACUAGCCCCUGAGAACUAGUCAAGCUCCCUCCAAAGAGACUCAUAUGGAAUAUUCUAUGGGCACGAUGGGCACGGAGAUACCACCUCAUCUCUGCUCAGGUGGGAGCUAGUAGCUCCUCCCUGUUAAACGUGCAUCUCAAUGUCUUUUCUCCAAGUGCGUUUUUCAACAAUAAAGCUGCUGCUGUGAACAGGUGAGACAGGAGUAAAGGAGUUCCUUCACUUGCUGCUGCUGGCUCAGCGGCAGGAGGUAAGACAGCUCCCUUCAGCAGUUGCUACACCUUCAGAUUGGGACAUCCUGCCUCAUUUGCAAACCUCAGCUGUGUCUGGGGGCAGGGCAGCAGUGGAGCUGCCAGGAGCAGGAAGGCUUCCAAGUCAGAGCACUGCAUCAGACGUAGGGAAACUGGGGGCAGAUAUAUCUGGAAGGUGACGGGCAUCAGGAGGCUCCCUGCCCAAAGGACAUUGAAGAUCAAAGCUGAUGUUUUCUUUCCUUGGUAAAUUUCGCAUGACUUGGCACACAACGCACAUCUGAGAACAGCAGGUAGCUGACAAGAUUUACCCUCAAGGACCAGAAACAUGCACUGUGCCAUCCAAAAGGCAGAAGCGCUGGAUGGGGCUCAUUUGAUGCGAAUCCUCUGGCAGGAUGGUGCAGAGUCUGUCUACCCCGCUGUUUGGCUGAGGGACAACUGUCAGUGUCCCGACUGCUACCUGGAUUCUGCAAAAGCACGGAAACUUCUCAUCGAAGCUCUUGAUGUGAACAUCGGUAUCAAAGGCUUGACGUUUGACAGGAAAAAGGUUCAUAUCACGUGGCCAAACGACCACUACAGUGAAUAUGAAGCUGAUUGGCUGAAGAAAAGAUGCUUUUCACAGCAGGCCAGAGAAAAACUCCAGAGAGAAUUGUUUUUGCCAGAAUGUCAGUACUGGGGCUCAGAGUUCCAGCUACCUACUCUGGAUUUUGAAGAUGUUUUAAAAGAUGAUGAGCAUGCAUACAGGUGGCUCUCCAGGCUCAAGAAUGUCGGCAUAGUGCGACUCACAGGAGCAUCUGACAAACGAGGAGAAGUUUUAAAACUUGGGAAAAGGAUUGGUUUCCUUUAUCUCACAUUUUAUGGACACACUUGGCAAGUGCAAGACAAAAUCGACGCAAACAAUGUGGCUUACACAACUGGGAAGCUAAGCUUUCACACUGAUUAUCCAGCCCUCCAUCAUCCACCUGGGGUUCAGCUUCUGCACUGCAUAAAGCAAACAGUCACUGGGGGUGAUUCAGAAAUUGUAGAUGGAUUUAACGUAUGCCAAAAGCUCAAGGAAAAAAAUCCUUGGGCAUUCCAGAUUCUGUCCUCUACCUUUGUGGACUUUACAGACAUUGGAGUGGAUUACUGCGAUUUCUCUGUACAAUCCAAACACAAAAUUAUAGAAUUAGACGAUAAAGGCCAAGUGGUUCGCAUCAACUUCAAUAAUGCAACUAGAGACACAAUAUUUGACAUACCUGUUGAAAGAGUUCAGCCUUUUUAUGCUGCUCUGAAGGAGUUUGUUGACCUCAUGAAUUGUAAAGAAUUCAAGUUUACUUUCAAGAUGAAUCCAGGUGAUGUGAUUACCUUUGAUAACUGGCGCUUACUUCAUGGCCGACGGAGCUAUGAAGCAGGAACUGAGAUAUCCCGCCAUCUAGAAGGAGCUUAUGCCGAUUGGGAUGUGGUCAUGUCAAGGCUUCGUAUCUUAAGGCAGAGUGUCCGGAAUAGAAACUGAAUCUCCUGUCGAUAAGAUUCCAGUGGGUGUAUUUUAUAAGAUAUGGCAAGGUUAUUUGUCUUCACAGGCCAUGAGCCAUGUCAGUAACACAUUAAUUUCUUUAACACAAGAGUUCUCUUUUCUUUGUAGUCAUAUACAGUGCCAACUUUUUAGAUGUUGUAGCCAUGCUCUCUCUUUUUCAAAUAAAGCAUCUCCUCUGUCCAAUUGCAUAUACGAUCUAAUUUCUUUUGCCCAUCUGUGAGAGUCUCCAGAAUGCCUUCAAAUAGUUUUGUAUCAAAGUUUUUCUUCAAGU